AUGCAUCUGCUCUGCACCUGCGUCCUGUCCUUCUCCCUGCUGGUGGCGUCCUCCCUGGUCAGUGCCAGUGUGUCCACCAGCUUCAGAGACUGCAGCCACUUUUUCUACAUGCAGACACCACCUGCAGGGAUGAAGGGAACCAGCCUGAGGAGGAUCUGCCAGAAGUAUGCAGACAAACUGCGCUACGCCACGCUGUACGACAGCAGUCGCCACCUCCCCCUCUACUCAGCUUACAUCUUUAAGAAGUCUGAUGGGAAGAGGAGGGUGGACACUCCCUGGAUGUAUGAGCCCCAGCUGGUUUCUGACGAUGAAGGUGGCAACAUGAGAGCACUUCCCCUGACUGAAGACACCCCCCCUCUGAUCGAGGACAGCCAGGCUGUGUUGGAGGACUACACAGAUGCGGUAGAUUACAGACGCAGCCCACUGAAUCCUGACCUGCACCAAUCAGAGCCAGGUGACAAGUCCUCCACGUAUACUCUGACCAAUGUAGUCCCACUGAUCACAAACGUCCUGGACACUUCCUGGAACCCGUACUUGGAUGUCAUCCGCCGUCGCCUCAACAACUUCUGCCACGGCAAAUCUUUCAUUGUGACUGGUGUGACCAUUUCUGGGGCGAGUGUCCAGAGAGAAAACAAGGACCGCCUGACCAUCCCAAAGCACAUAUGGCUAGCGUACUGCUGCCCGCGGUUCGACCGUAACUCUCCGUAUGAGGUAAGGUUCAUGUUCCCUGGUUAUGGGGGCUAUGCACUGAAUGAACAGACUGAGCAGAGUGUGGUUGAAGUUCCGCUGAAGACUCUGGAGAGCUUCUUGAAGAGCCAGACAGACAUAGACAGUGACUUGACUAUUUUCUACAGGGGCUGCGUUUCAGAAAACACCUUCAACAAGAAGAGAGACCUGACCAGUGUGUCAGUAUGAUGGGACGUAUGGAACUGUAGUCGUGGAUGAAGCUUUUAAUGGCAUCCACCUCCUGGAAAAAAGAGGAUUAACUUAAGAAAGCUAAAACAGAAGCAGUGUUAAGGAGGCCUGGCUUCUUGUGAUUUGGGAUUAAAUUGUGAUCACUGAGAAGGGAAAGAGCAAGGUCAGGAUAGCGCUUAGAUCUUGAAUGAAUUAUAUUGUUAUUUUGCUGAAACAAAGUUUCUUUAUCUCGAGAUCUUGAAUGAACUAUAUUGUUAUCUCGGGAAGACAAAGUUUCUUUA